CCACCUCAGGAAGGUUCCAGGGAAGAACCCCAUCCCCACUCCAACCAGGUCACAAUGGUUGGAGCUCUGAUGGAUCCAGGCCCCCUGAGCCAGGAGUAGCAGGAGAAAGUCCAAGGAGAGAUGGCUGGCAGUCACCCCUACUUCAACCUGCCUGACUUCACCCAGCCAUCGCCGCCCUCCACUCCGUCCAGCCUCCCCUCACACCAGCGCUGCCGGCCCUCCAAUGCCACCAAGGGCCUGCUCGUGGCCCUGCUGGGUGGGGGCCUGCCCGCUGGCUUCGUGGGCCCCUUCUCCCGUAUGGCUUACCAGGCUUCCCACUUACCCUCGCUGGAGCUGCUCAUCUGUCGAUGCCUCUUCCACCUCCCCAUUGCCUUGCUACUUAAACUGCGUGGCGACCCACUGUUGGGACCUCCGGAUGUCCGGGGCCGGGCCUGCCUCCACGCCCUGCUCAACGUCCUCAGCAUUGGAUGCGCCUACAGUGCGGUUCAGGUGGUGCCUGCUGGCAACGCUGCCACUGUCCGCAAAGGUUCUUCCACCGUCUGCUCUGCCCUCCUUGCCCUCUGCCUUGAGAGCCAGGGUCUCAGCGGCUAUGAUUGGUGUGGCCUGUUGGGCAGCACCCUGGGACUAAUCAUCAUUGUGGGACCUGGACUAGGGACACUGCAGGAGGGGACCACGGGCCUCUACACCGCCCUGGGCUAUGUGCUCGCUUUCCUGAGUGGCCUGGCACUGUCGCUGGGGCUUCUGGUGUAUCGCUCCCUGGACUUCCCCUCCUGCCUACCAACAGUGGCCUUCCUGUUUGGCUUGGUGGGGCUAGCAGGCUCUGUGCCAGGCCUCUUUGUGCUGCAGACCCCCGUGCUGCCCAAUGAUCUUCUGAGUUGGAGCUGUGUGGGGGCAGUGGGGAUCCUCGCCCUGGUCUCCUUUGUGUGUGUGAGCUAUGCGGUCACCAAGGCCCACCCUGCCUUGGUGUGUGCUGUCCUGCACUCUGAGGUGGUGGUGGCCCUGAUGCUGCAGUAUUAUGUGCUCUAUGAGAAUGUGGCACCUUCUGACAUCAUGGGGGCAGGGGUGGUGUUGGGCAGCAUUGCCAUCAUCACUGCCCAGAACCUCAGCUGUGAGAGGGAAGGGCAGGUGGUGGAGUGAGAUCAAACUUGAGAGCCUGGGGGUUGGGGGGGCAGGGGUAAACAGAAGGAGAGACUGGAAUACAAACAUAGAACAAGUGACUGGAAAAGAACUGGUGUGGGAGAGGGACACCCCUUGGAGUCAAGGGUGACUUGGGGACGUGCUGGAGAGGGACUGCCUGGAAGACCCAGAACAAGCCUGGGGACCAAGAGAUGUGGAAUCUAGGCUGGGGCUUGGAGAUCAGGGCGUAACUAAGGGGUAAGGUCUGACGAGCACAUCAAAGGGGCUGAGGCAGGCAGGCCAUGAGCCAUGGGGAGGAUUUUUCCCUCAGAAGCAGAGAAGAGCAUUGGGGCUGGAGUGUUUGGGGCUUGCAGGCAAACAGAGCAAGCAGCUGUGCUGGGGGAAGGGAGUGUGCCUUUUUUCCCUGAGCGUCCGUUUCCCUUCCU